UUGCUCGCAGACGCUUAAAAUGGCUGACAGCUCGGAAGCCGCUCAUUGGCUGGAUUUUCCUCGCAAUGGACUAGCGGAAGGUGGAUUGUGGCGACACCCAACGGAAUGAUUGUGCCAGACAAGCUGCUACCCCGAAAACGUGAUCUCUGCGUGGAUUAAGUGAUAUUACCCCCGGGGCUGUAUGGUAUUUGGGCAGCCAUGGAGACGAUAGUAUAUUCUGGGGUGACUUUAGAAAUUCCAUCUGAAAUCUGCCAGGACAUAUCAUUGCUGUUUGAAAUUAUAUCCCCUGACACUUGGAACAACCAUCUUACUGAUGAACAUCGAGAAAUGUUAAUGGGAUUUUUGCCCGAGUUUCCCCAUAAUGACUUGGAGGAGAAGACACGUACUUUAGAAAUGUUUUUCAUGGACGAGAACUUCAGGUAUGGAACACCGCUCAGAAUAUUCCACGAGCAACUCUGCAAGGGUUUCUUCAAUCCUGAAAUAUCCAAGAUGAGAGCCAUUCAUAAAAAAAUAAUGUACAGAGAAUACAGAUAUCGACAGAAGCAAUAUUUUCACCAUACCUUGGAAGAGGUUCUUGUAAGAAGAAAAAGGGUGUUGGAUAUUGUGAGCAACAUGCCACCUGAUGACAUUCCCAAGAUCCCUCGGCUCCCUCCUCUGCAUAAUAAAAAGAAGAGUUCUCGUACAUCGAUUGAAUAUUGCACAAAAAAACGCUACUUUCGCGAGUUGGCCGCUAUCCGCGCAGAAGUGGGUGACACCAGUGACAUGUCAGAAGAUGAAAUAUAUCCAGAAGGGCCUGGGGCAUCACUCAAUAAAAAGCAGCGUCGGCAAUUAGGUGGGCUAGAAGGGUCACUUCCCCCAGAUCUAUUACCAGUGAGAGCAACACACAGUAGUGGUUCUCUUGCGCUAGACCUGGAACUAAAAAUAACACCCACUAGUAACCCAUUAGAUCUUACCGAUGAUCACUUCAGAGCUAUGCUGGCAGCACACAGACUCCGAAGAAAUAAAAGAGAGACAUCUGUUGACCUUGACACUCGAGGCAUAACGCUACCAGACGUUGUAUCUCGAGCUCAGUUACAGAUGAAGCGGCCUCCGCAAAGAGCCAUUAUGUCGCCCUUAACACUUGACAAACCAAAGAAAAAAAUUAAAGUAAAGAAAGAACCUUCGUCCAUGCUAGUCUCUCCAAAUCACUUAGAUCUUCCAGUGACCAUAAAAACCGAAAUCAUCAGUGACUCAGAAUCGUCUUCUUCUUCCUCGUCAUCAUCGUCAGUCAGUGAUUCAGAGGAGAUUGAUAUCAAGAAAGAAGUGCCAGUUACCCCUCACUCUGUUAAGAAGAGGGUGGGUGCUAAAGGCAUCAAAAUCAAAUUAGAACCAGUUGACUCCUCAACACCCAGUGAAGAUAUAGAUAUAGGCACCCUUGGAGUGGAACCUUUCAUGAAGGAGGAGCAACUGAAACUAGAGGUCAAGGAGGAACCUUUAGAAGACCAAGUAACAGCUGCAAUUGAAACGUCAUCAGAGUUGACAGCAGCGCUUGAAAGUAUUGGUGCAUGUAUUGCUCCAGAGCUGACUCAGGAGACACACAUCUGCUUUUUUAGCCUUAUCCGGGACAUAAUAUGUUCUACCGGGGAGCAGAGGAUGACCAGAGCCCAAUUAGAAUCAAGUAUCAGAGUAUGGCAGGAGUCUGCUAUCUCUCCGCUCAAUGAAUGGUAUUCUCUUGUCCCCUCCUGGGUCAAUAUUCUCGCCUCUGCAAUAAAUUUUCUUUGUGGACAUUUUGCAGAUGUUCAGCCUGCAGACUUCGUACCUUAUAUAGAAUACAAAAGUAUGUUGAGAGUGUAUCAGUGGAUCGGUGCUGGCCGGGACAGUGAUGGUCAUUUAGAACCUCUUGCUCAAUUUUGGCUUGCUAAUAAAUCAUCUAUGAGUAGUGAAUGGAUAGAAGACGAUAUUUUAGGAUCUAGGCUAGAAACUGAGGAAAGUGACAUCAUUCCCCCACCUCGGUGCUAUACCACGUGGACAGUCCAACCCGCCACUGAUCCUGAGAAGGACAUGUAUCGUGCACAGGAGAAGCUCAGAUAUGAGAAGCCACAUAAAGCAUACACAUUCAGGAUGCAUGGCUAUGAGAGUGUAGUGGGUCCAGUCAAGGGGAUUUAUACCCAACAGACUGGGCUGAACAAAGCCAGAGGCCAUUCUUUGUUAGUUCCUGACAGACCUGCAUAUGUUACAAUUCUGUCUCUUGUGCGAGAUGCUGUUGCCCGUCUGCCUAAUGGGGAAGGCACUCGGUCAGAUAUAUGUGAGCUGCUUAAAGAGUCUCAGUAUCUGGCCCCCCUUACCAGCUCAACUGCAGAAAACAAUCUAAAUAGUGUUGUGUCUGGUGCACUGGACAGACUUCACUAUGAAAAUGAUCCGUGUGUGAAGUAUGACACUCCGCGGAAGCUCUGGAUUUACUUACACCGCAACCGAAAUGAAGAGGAAUUUGAGCGGAUGCAUCAUUUGAAUGGACCUGGUGGCAGUAAAAUAAAGAAGCCAGCUCCUAGAAGGCAAAGUAGAGCCAAAGCCAAGGACCCUCUGACCAUUAAGGGCCCUCCAAAUGUUGCUUUGGAACCUGUUGCCUCUCCCAUUAAGGUUGAAGGAACUCAGGUGAAACUUAAGCCUGAGGAUGUUGCAGCUUUGACCAAAGCAAAACCAGACAGCCCAGUGAAAUUAGACCAACUAAGUUCUUCAGCUGUUGGGAAGACCGUAACAUCUGUAAGAGUUGGUGGUGUAAGAGGUGCAGUAGGUGCAAGUAGUGUUCAGACAAUUCAGGUGUCUACUGCAGGUGGUGUUCAGACCAUCAAAGUGGCUCUACCACCAGGAGCCCAGACCAUCACCAAGGUCACACCAAAAGUGCCAUCAUCCACAAUUACCAAGGUGGGAGGCCAGACUAUCAAUAGAACAUCUGCUCAGGCCCUUAGUAAACCUGGAAGUGCAGGCAUUAAAGGGGUAAAUUUACAGCAGUCGGUGCUUCAGUCAGCUGUGUCUGGAUCAACUUUAGGGCCAGAAUCUAUAUUAAGCUCACAACAAAUCACAAGUUUGCCUUCAGGGAAUGUAGGUCAGGGCAAGACACGAGCCCCAGUAGUAACACUAACAACGAGAGAAGCCGCAAGACUACCGGCUCCGUCUGUGUCACAGGCAAGAUCCAGUUCCUCAGCCAGCACUACACCAGCAAAUCAGCAACAUGCGACACAAACAGUACUCGCCUCACAAGUUACAUCACCGGGUGUUGCAGCAGGAAAGCUUUCUAAUACAGCCACUGUGGUCAACAUGAAUGCCGCUGCAGCACAGAAAUCCAAUUUGUUUUCUCUGGGUGGUAUUAAGUUGCUUCAAGCAUCUCCCCAGCAAAUUGCAGGAAAGGGUGGCUCAAAUUCUCAAGCAGUUGUAAAUUCUAUAACCAAGUUACAAACUUUAAUGGUUGAUGGAAAAGUCUUGAUGCAAGGAGGAAAGAUGGGACAAGCUAUUACAGGUAAUGUAAACAUGGCGGGGAAGCAGGUCAUCACAGGUGUCUUUCCUGGCCAGCAUAUUGCCACUGUGGAGAGUCUUCUGAGUCAAGCAGACAAGGCUACUCUACAAGGUGGAGUAAUAACAACGAUGGCAGGGAACAAGUUGGCAGGUGGGAAUGUGAUCCAUCUGGCCGGGGGUGCUGGGGGUGUACAGAGACUGACGCUGGUGUCCCCACAAGGUUCCCACGUUCCUCUCAGUGCCACAAGUCAGAGACUAGUCCUUGCCACUGGCUCACAGGCUGGAAAAUUAGAUGGGUCUGGGAGCAAGGCUCAGGUUGUUCAGACCAUCCAGACGUUGCAGCCAGGCAGUCAUGUUGUGCAGACGUGCCAUGGGACAAUCACCACCACCACCAUUAGUACCACCACUACACCCUCUAUCACCAGUACCACCACUCAGGUCAUCACCACCCCUGUAGCCUCAACACCCACUGCUGUUACCACCUCACAAGCAAGAUUUUUCUCUGUAGGCCAACAGCAAAAAGCAAUUGUCCAGGGUUUAAAUAUGGCUGGUAAACCUUCAGUGCUCUCCAGUGGAGGAAUUCGUCUAGUCCAACCAGGUGCGGGUGGAGCUGGGGGAGGGGCUGUAAUGGCAGGUGGAUCAACAGCAACUGGCAACCUUAUAACAAUUGGUGGCAAACAGGUGUUGCUUACAAGCAAGCCAUUUGCACAACAAGGACAGUUGCAACAGGUGAUGUUGACCAGUGGUAGCAUAAAAGGUGGGAUUCAAGGUACCCAGGGAACUCAAACUGCAGCGAGCCAAGGAGCAGUAGUAGUAGCCAGUGGGGCAGGAGGACAGCAGAUAGUUCUUCCAGCAUCUGCUCUCCAGGGUUCCCAUUUAAACUUGAAAGGACUCCAGGCCUUCCACACUCUCAAAGUAAUUCCUGCAUCCCAAGUCACACAGCAACAGAGAGGCAAACCAGUUUUGGCACGGAUAGUGUCCCCUGCGUCUGUGAGAGGAACAGUUCCAACAACUUCUGUCACCAACACUUUGCCCUCUGGACAUGAUUCUUCAAAAUCUUAGGAUCAGUUAUUUGUACAGUUUUUUAUAAAAUCACUUCUGUUAUGAAAUAGACCAUUAUACCUGUAUCAGUGGGUUUACAGUCAACUCCUAAGCCUUCACAUCCCAAUAAUUAUUUUGAAUGAGAAAACUUAUUCAGUUAAUUAUGCAGCUGCAUAGUACAGUAUUUCGUAAAUGGUAACUGAUUCUUUGUUUGAUUGUCUUCCAUCUCUGUCUAAUAUACACAACAAAACUUUAAUUUAUUUGGUUAUUUAUCAUUGACAAAAAACAAGUUUUCAGUAUACAGUAUAUAUUUUAUUUACAUCCUUAGUCCAAAGAGUUGAUAUUUCAAGUUUGAAGUGAUGAGAACUGUCUAUUGUAGGAAUAUGACAGUUCUCUCCUCUCAUAAUGUCACCUACAUUAAGAUGUUUGGAGUAACUGCUGCUUAGAAUUCAUUAUGAGAAUUCUACCAGUGCUAAGAAAAGAACGUUGGAAGUUUGGGUGUUAGUAUUUUAUUCCUGUAAAUUAACAAACUCACUUAGUUUUAUGUUGCCAAAACAUAGAAUAAACAUUACCGUUACUCUGUGUAACUAUGAAUUAUUAUAUACAGUGAAGUUCACAUAAGUCAGCAGGAAAAAUGUUUAUUAUUUACUUGGGAAAUAUCAAGAUUUUCUGUGAUAGUCAUAUUGACAUAUUUUGUGGAUAUUUGAAGAUCAUUCAAUAUUUUGCACGGUUGAAUGAAUGUUAUAUAUGUGUCACGAGGUUCAUGUAUGUGAGAUUGAUAUUAUAAAUAUAUUGCUGUAAAAAAUUAUGUAUGUUUUAUAUCCUGACUCGCCCACAUGGACUCGAUUCAUCACAUCUUCUGGAAUUUGUGCAGGGCCGGCUUGAGGCAUAGGCAGACUAGGCCUCCAGCCCAUAAGGGGGACCCCUGAUGCCUCCUUCGGGAAUUUAGUUCAAAAUCUCUGAGGCUGGCCGAGUGUGAAUUUUUAAAGUUAUCUGCUGAGUUAGGAACCCUCCUAUUAAAAAUUUGAACCUUAAAAAGUAUUACAAUACUUUACAUGUUGUGCAUUACCAAACUAAACAAGUAAGGGAGGCUGUGCUGGAUAUGAGGAACAAAGUCACAGACCCUGUGACAAGGAUAGAGGCCCAGUCACUGGCGGAAGAAGUUGGGUCUUACUAUUUUUUUAUAUGCACCGUGAUACGGUAAGACAUUCUGCAACAAAUAAAAGUGAGCAAAAACUUGCAGUCUACUACCCUGCAGCUUGAUGUGGCUUUGAGCUUACUCAAGAAAACUAAAGCCUCCCUGGUGAGCUACCGUGAGAAUGGAUUUGUCUCGGCACAAGCAUCAGCUAAGGACGUGCGAGGAAUGAAGGUGAAGGCUGCGUUAAAGGAAAAGAGACUUGGAAUGAUGAAGAGACACUUUGGAUAUGAAGCUCCAGAUGAGCCAGUUUCUGAUGCUUCGAGAGGAUUAGAAGUGUAUUUUAUCAUUAUGGUGGUAGACUGUCAUCACAUCACUCAAUGAUAGGUGCCAGAGCCUGGGAGAUGUUAAGAGACAAAUUUGGAGUUUGGAGUUCUUUUUCACUUUCUAGAUCCUAGGUUUUAGAAAUAUUAAUGAUAU